GAGGCGGGGCUGGAAGGCUGGAGGUGUCUAAUCCUCCAGAGCCGCGGGAGCCGCGAGCAAGGCUCAGUGACAGCUCGUCGGCCGCCAUGUCAGUCAGCGGGGCUGGAGACGGAGCCGGUGUCCUGCGGUAGCCCUCCCUGCGCCUCGGACUCCCAGACAUGGAAGGACUUUAAUGAAACUUUAAACAGUUCAACAAAGGAUGCGCUAAUGGAUGACAGCGACACUCCUACAUAUGGUCUGCAGAUAGAACCACAGGAUGGAUGUCAGCUGGGUGACAGUGUGGAAAGGAGAGUAACAGGCUUGCCUUCUGUCUCAGAUGAGAAUGAAAAUCAGCUUGAUGGGGAUGGGCCUGAGCCUCUGACUGACAGCAACAGCGCAAUGGGGAAGCCCGAAGUGUUAGAGCAGGACAGUCUCAACAACAACGAAGGCUGUCUGCCUGGCUGGGAGGCUGCUGCCAGCGAGAAUGCAGAAGACACUCCAUGUGACAUCCCCAGAGAUGAUCAGCCCUUCUUGGGAAAGGACAAAAAACUACCUGAAAAAAGAAGUGCAAGAGCCAAAAAAGGCACUGCUAAGAACAUACUUCCAGGAGAUGCUAUACCUUUAACGCAAGGAACGAUACCGAGUACAGCCUCGCAGGCUCUGGAUGAGGAGGCUGCCGAAGUGAACGCUAAUGACCCACCAGAAGCUCCAACUCCAGCUCUGCAGCCUCUCUUCUCGUUUAUCCGUGGUGAGGUUGAACAGAUGGACUCCAGAGCACUUCCACUCUUCCUUCAUCAGGUAGCAGAAUCCUAUUUCCAGGAAGAGGAUUAUGAAAAAGCAAUGAAAUUCAUUCAGCUUGAACGGCUGUAUCAUGAGCAACUGCUUGCAAACCUUUCUGCCAUUCAGGAACAGUGGGAAACAAAAUGGAAAGCUGCAGAGCCACGUACAGUGAUGCCUCUAAGGAAUUCAGAAAAAGGAUUUAACAGUGAAGAUUUUGAACAGCUUGCUAAAUUUUGCACAACUCAUCAGGAUCCUCUUUCAUCCAAGCAUAAGAUGGCAGCUGUGGAGCAGUCGCUGAGAAGGGAAUGCACUACACAGUCAGUGGUGUCUGAAGACCGGAAGGACAGAAGAGCUACUGCCAAAGAAUCAGGGGCCUCUGUAAAUGACACUAGAGUAAGGAUGAAAGAGACUGAAACUUAUGCUGGCAUGGAAUCAAGUAAAGAAAGCCGACAUAAAGAGCCCCGGGAGAGCAGCCCCAGCUGUCAUCAGAUGGACUGGCAGGCUGCUUCCCCCAGCCUUCCAGUAACUGCAGGGAAGGACCACAGGGAGGAAUUGCUCUGCAGCACUGAAGCCACACUGGCGCUCCACACCCAGUCCCCAGAGACAGCCAGAAGCAGGUCAGGGCCAGUCGCUGCAGCUGAGAAUGCCUGUAAAGAUGGCAGCUGUUUGCAGGCGCCUCCCACAGAGGACCACCCCAGUGUGGCCCAAAUAGAGGGUAUUACUGAAGACCCCAUUCAUGAAUCAGUGAGAGAACCACUGGCCCUCCCAGGCUGUGACUGUCCUCCUCCUUUGUUGGUUUCUGAAGGUAAAUAUUCACAGACACACCGGAAAGAACUCCACUUGCCUCUUCAGGAUGUGUUUGAGGCAUUCCCCAGGAGCCAGCAGGAGAAGAGUGAAUUAAGUGAGCCUCAGCAACCUGAUCUCACAGCCAGUGAUGGAAAAUCACCUCAGAAUCAGACUGACUCAGAGACUGGCUCUGAGAGUGCACUUUGUGAUGAUAGUAAAAUCUCUGACCUAAAUGCACUGCUUCUAGAAGAGUGUAUGGCCCCAGAGGAAAGGAGGGAGAGGGAAGACCAAGUCAGUAAGGAAACAGAAGACUAUCUGAAGAGCCUUUUGGAAGGGUGCUCAAGAGACACUGAAGAGUCCCUCUUCUGUGAAGACAACCAGGACGACGACUCUGACCUCCCUCAAGAUCUUUCUCCUGAAGAAGCAUCCUACAGUCUCCAGGAGAGUUUGCCUUGUGACGACACCUGCCUUUCCCUGGAUGAUCUUGCCAAAAGGAUAGAGAUCGCAGAGGUUGUUCCUGCUGAAGGAUUGGUCUCCAUAUUAAAGAAGAGGAAUGACUCAGUAGGAGAACACCCUGCCCAGAUGCAGCAGAAACCAUCUAAACGAAGAGUACGGUUCCAGGAAAUAGAUGACAGCCUGGAUCAAGAUGAAGUUGGAGGUGGCUCCUGCAUCCUGCUGAUCCUGCUGUGCAUAGCAACGGUUUUCCUUAGCGUUGGAGGAACUGCACUGUACUGCACUUUGGGCAACAUGGAGUCUCCUGUUUGUACAGACUUUGCAGACAAUGUGGAUUUCUACUACACUAGACUGGUGCAGGGAAUGGCAGAACUUAAACACUGGAUCUACCUCUCCUAGCACACAAGAGGGACAGGCAUGCCAACAGUGAAAGAUGCAAACUUCCCAAACAGCUUUUAUUUCAGGAAUCAUGAAACAGCUCCCUUCCCCAGCAAGGACCCAAGGAUAUCAGAGACAGCAGCUUUAAAUGGCAAUCCAGAGGAACUCUGUUAAAAUAAUCCACAAAUAAGGCAAAUACUGGGCUAGGCAUUGAGGACAGAGGAAAUGAGCUGUGGAGAUUGUAUCUCUCUCCUGCUUCCUAGUGCAGUGAACCACACUGAGCAGAAUCAUGCAGGGAGUCUUGGAAACACUGUCAGCUUGACAACAAGCUGAUGGUCAAAGGACACUUCUGGUUUACAUUUGUUGCUUCAUGGGCAUUGCUUCCCACCAUCAUGCAAUAAGUUUCUUUGUAAUCAAAAAGAGUUACCUUAUGGUUUCAAUGCCAUUUUUUAGUUAACCUUGGGAGCUAUGUAAUUUAGGCUUUUUGCAUUGCUUCUGAAUUCUUUUUUCCAUUUGUGAAAUGGUUAUGUAUGUGUGCGCGUGUGUGUCUGUUUCAAGCAGUUAUCAUAGCAAAUAUCCAACAGAGAGUACAAAGAGUAUCUUUAUUCUUUUAACUUGACUAUGAUGUGCAGGCAUAAAUCUUUGAUGAGGGCUUACCUGUGGAGUGGAUGAACCAUGGAAAUGUUGGCCCUGAAUUGAGAAACUGUGACAGAUCUGAAGCAAUGAACUUGACUUUGAGCCAGAAAUUAACCACAGGCCUGGAGGCACAGUGAUCAAGCACCCUGAGUCUCAGGCAAGAAUUUCACUGUGGAUCCCAAGCUGCCUGAAGCACUGAGUGCUGGGACCCAACACUCAGCAGACACUGAGCAUCUGGUGUGUGCUGAGAACCUGAGACUAGGAACCUAAGUAAGGUGCAAUUCCCUCUGUGGGUGUUUAUGGACAGUAAACCAAUACUUUGGCGAAUGGAAUUAAACCAACACAUAUAAUUCAGUGUUCACAGGUCAUGCAUUCAGGUGUGUUAAAUGUGUAUUUCUAUCAUGAGCUUGGUUUGGGCCCUGUGAUGGGGUCUUUACGCGGAAAUUCAAUCAUACCUUAAAUAGGCAAAUAUUCGUUUUUUGUUUACAUCUGUCAUCAGUGGCCUUUUCUUAUUUAAGGUACAGUGGUCUAACAUUUAGGAAGCCUUGCUUUGACUUUUUAUAUCCUAAGCAACAUUUUUUUUUAAAAAACAAAACCAUGAAUUAGAACCGGGUAUGGUGGUGUGCACCUUUAAUCCCAGCAGAGACAGGUGGAUCUCUGUGAGUUCAAGGCCAGCCUGGUCUACAUAGUGAGUUCUAGGCCAGCUGGGGAUAUAGAGGGACGCUGUCUCAAAAAAGACCAAAAAAAAAACUCACCAUGAAUUAUAGUUUUUUUUACAAGUAAUCAUUGUGUCCUGUUUUCCUGUUAGGAUCAUUUGGAAGAAAGAAAAAACCUUCUUUUUAGUUGCUGCUGGCUGGCAUAGUACCUCCCUUUGUAUUUUUUGCUUAUUUAUUUGGAGUAUGAAUUUAAAGGGCUUUUUAGAGAAGUUGAAGUUGUGUUGCUGAGCAUGUGUUUGGUUAUCCCAAUCUACCUUUUUGAUUAUUGUAUACUUAGUGUUUUGAUUUUUCUGUCAGUUCAGUGUGUUUUCAGGCUUAUUUUUAAAUUGACGUUUUAUUUUUCACGUAGAGUACUGUUUAGCUUGUCUCUAUCAUGUCACCAUAAACUGUAAUAUUUUCAAUGGUUAUAAAUCAGAGUUAUUUAUUUAGAAGUAUACAAAAUGCUGAAUUUAGAUUCCUUAUGCUUAAGGCUGAUUUUAUUAGAAAAUUACUUUAAUGUUCUAUUAUGAAUGUUAAGAAUUCGUGCUCACAUUGUAUGUAAAAUAUGUCUUAUGUCUACGGUACUGUCUCAGUUGGUCUGUGGAAGCUCGAUGAGGUUGACUGGGAGGGGCAUCCACGUCAUAGACAAAUGUGUUUUACUCUCACAAUUUCUAGUUGCAAGAACUUGGUGAUCUUUAUUUCUGUCAGUUUAUAUCAAGAGAAGUUAAAAUUCCCCAGUCCUUGCCGUUAACCUCUUUAGGUCAUAGGUCACUCUCAGAGUCCUGUGUAAUCACUGGUGUUUGCCUGGCAGCCACCUAGGCCACGUUUCUGAAGCCCAGAGUUUCCCAGGAGCCUUCACAAUUACAUGACAGAAAUGAGAGGACACUUGCUAACAAGGGGUCCAGCUGUAUCUCAGAAACCAAGGGCGCUUCACUGCUUCCCAGGACAGUGAAGUGAGCUCAGGAGUAAACUGAUCUGACUUAAAAGUAGGCAUGGAAUCUCACCUAGAAAAAGUAGGGUGACUUUAAAACCUGUAAUAGUCAUUUAUUGCAUGAAUUGGAGUAAUCCCACCUGGUGAUGAAAGGAUUAUUAUCUCAUGCAUACAGAAUUCAUCCAGUUUUACUGAAAUGUAAUUUCUUCUCUCAUUUGAAAGUACUGACAACUAUUUAUAACUAAUCCUCAUUAAAAACUGUAUUUGAGGGUGUCAAAUCAAGCUUGUAAUUAAAAAUCUACACCAACAAAA